ACGCUAAAACAAAAUUUUAGAAUGCCAGGAUUGAAUCCUUAUCAUCACUUGAAUGACGAAAUUUUGGAUGUGGGCGAUAUUUCUUCUGGGAACUCUUCCUCGAUCAUUCCAGCUGGACAAGAUUGUAGUCGAGAUUGUCAUAAUCUCGAAAUUUUAGAACGUAGUCCAACCGAUAACAUAGUUGAUGAAAAUUUCGAAGAUCAACCUCGUGAACAAAAUGAAUUGGAGAAAGGGUUUCCCUUAAAUAAUGAUAGUAAUAACAUAAUAGAGUAUUUGGAUGACAGAAUAAGGCCCAAAUUACAAAGGCGUGACACGACCUGGACCAAUAGAGACAUACCAGGGAAUCGUAUAACGGAAUGGCAAGCUGGAUGGAAUGUAACCAACGCCAUUCAAGGAAUGUUUAUAGUCAGUCUACCCUAUGCUGUACUCUACGGUGGAUAUUGGGCAGUUUUUGCUAUGAUCAUCGUAGCUUACAUAUGCUACUACACGGGAACAAUCCUCGUAGAUUGUCUUUACGAUGAGAAGGAAGAAUUAACCAUGCAAGAGAUUAAAAAUUAUCACGGAAAAAUUUUCUUGGAAGAGAAAAGGACUAUGGUAAGAAUUCGUACUAGAAAUAGUUAUGUGUCUAUAGCCCAGUCUGUUUGGGGCGAAAAAUGGGGAAGCAUCUUAGUCAAUAGUGCUCAGAUCAUAGAACUUCUUAUGACGUGUAUACUAUAUUUAGUAUUGUGCGGAGAUUUGAUGUUCGGUUCAUUUCAGAACAGUGCUUUCAAUUCUUUAGUUUGGAUCAUUUUCGCUACUAUAAUGUUGUUACCUUGCGCUUUUGUCAAAACUUUAACAGGUAUCUCAAGACUAAGCUUUGCUUGCACUAUCGUUCACAUCAUCAUCAAUGCAAUAGUCAUCAUAUAUUGUGCGAGCAAGAUAAAACAUUGGUUUUGGGGCCAGGUACGUUUAAAGAUUGACAUGUGGAAUUUUCCGGUUUCAAUGGGAGUCAUAGUUUUUAGUUACACCUCACAUAUAUUUCUUCCGGCCUUAGAAGGAGGUUUAGAGAGCACCUCAAAGUUCAAAGGCAUGCUAAAGUGGAGUCACAUAGCGGCUGCUUUAUUCAAGUCGGUCUUUGGAUACGUCGGAUUUCUAACUUUUGGAAAAGACACACAGGAAGUUAUCACCAAUAAUUUUAACAAUCUAACUUUCAAAGGUAUUUUAAAUAUAACCUUGGUGAUUAAAGCUCUUUUCUCUUAUCCAUUACCAUAUUUUGCGGCAUCCGAAUUGCUCGAAACCGCUCUGUUCAGGGGUAAGUCCGAAGGAACGCCAUUUCCUACGUGCCUAGACAUCGAAAGUGGAAACUUUAAACUAUGGGCUCUUGGUUUGAGAUUACUGUUGAUUUUGAUAACACUAGCCAUGGCGGUUAUGAUACCAUAUUUUAACAUCUUAAUGGGGCUAAUAGGCUCAUUUACGGGGACUUUGUUAUCUUUCGUUUGGCCGUGCUAUUUUCAUAUUAAAUUAAAGGGAAAUUCCCUCGAAUCAAAAAUUCUGUACCUCGAUAUCUCGAUCAUUAUAUUAGGAGGGUUGUUUGGGUCAUUUGGAAUGGUUUAUUCAUUUAUCGCACUAAGAAAAGCUAUAAAUAUCUCUAAAAACCUAUAA